AUGAACAGCCAACGACAUGACCUCCCCAUGGACGACAUUGUGAGGAAAAUAUCCACGAUCCUGCGCCAGCCAAUCGUUGGACUCACGGCUGCUUGCCUGGCAAUCAUCACAACUCAACACCUCUUCGUCCAUGGCUUUCACUAUCCCAUGCUCCUGCUACUCGCGCAUCUGGUGGUCGGGCUCGUAUUGGACUCCUCGCUCGGAUCGAAGCACACGGCUUGUUGGAACUCGUCGAUCUGGGUGCUCCUGUAUACCGGGCUAAUCACCGCCGCUGCUCUGGUCUUCGGGUACCAGUCAUCGCUGCACCUACGAAAUACAACAUUCCUGGUGAUGGUGCUCUCACUGAACUGGGAUUCCAUGAUCUACCGACCAGCGCCUUGGAACAUCCCCGAUUUUGGCUUCUCUUUGGGAACCGCAGUGCGGCACGCAUGCUUCUUUGUGUGUGCUGCGUUGCUUUAUGCGCAAGAGAAGAGGCUUGCAGGUCGGCGCGACUUGUUGUUGCUCGGAUCCGUGCUGUGCACUGUCCUUACGCGUCGAGCGUGGGGGUAUGGCGUUUGGGGAGUAGACGAUGGGGCGAAUCCAGUGAGCCGAAGAACGAGUGCGGUGGUCCUGGGAGCAGCCAUUCCGCUCGUGCUUUUCGUGUUCUUCACACAGGAAUUGAAGGACAUGAGCGACUUUCGCCUUCCUGCAGUCAUCGUCCGUCUGUUAGCGGUCAACGUGCUUGCGGUCGCCUUGCUUUUAUAUAGCGGCGACAUCUUCGGUCAGAGGGAGUCAGCCUAUGGCUUAUGUCUUGGUGUUCGUGAUCCGAGGCUGCGCUGGGUACUGUGCUCAGUCUUCCUGGUGGCUGUGAUCGAGUUUGACAACCAAAUCUUGCAGCCAAGACCUUCGAAGACCACAGCCGGGCAGUGGAUGGCGUUCACGGUCUCUUCUCUGGCCACCUUGGACGUCUACAGCGCUUGCGACAUCCUCGGCGACCAUGUAAAGAUUCCGGCCUUGACGCAGUACUCGGACGAGCCGCCCGACGAAGAAGAGGAGGGACUGUUUGAGCCUGGAUCGGAGCAAUCUCUGCAGCCAAGCGGACGGGAAUACGUUGGCGGACUCGCGAAGGCCGCGGCAGCGCUUUCAAUGUACAGUGCUCUGGCCGCACUGACCUUUGUCUUGCUACUCUGCUACGGUACGUCGCACUCGCAAGCUGGCCCCACGUCAGUCCAAAGUCCGGACAGGAAUUCAACCUACGAUGUCGAUGUAGUAAUCGCCCGAUACGAAGAGCCACUGGCAAAGGUGGCCGAGGACAUAGACGCAAUUCUAAGGACACAAGGCAUGGCUGGACUGCGCACGCGGAUAUUCCUGUACAAUAAGUCCGACGUCCCCCUCGUCGGAACGGAUCAGGUCCCUCGGUUCCCAUUAGCAGACGAAGUCGUAGUCGAAGAUCGGCCGAAUGUGGGACGCGAAAGUGAAACGUAUCUCUCCCACGUUCUGGACCAGUCAGGAGAUCUUUCGCCUCACGUACUCUUCUUACAAGCGGAGCCGCACGAGCUGCAGGAGCUCAAGGCUCGAAUUGACCAGUACUUCGUUGGAGAAACUUCCUUCUUGUCGCUCUCAUACUCCGGCGACUCUUGCUUGGACUGUGACCAUUGUUGGGAUCUGGGCGGAUGGCAUGGAGACGCAUCCACGAUUCGGGACAUUUUCCAGGCUUCCAAUCCAGGAGGACAGCAGUGCCGAGACCUCUCGCUGACCUAUCGCGGCCAAUUCAUCGUCUCGGCGAGGAGGACACGGCAGAUUGAUCCUCGAGUAUUCCAGAGCGUUAGGCGGAGGAUUCUGGAUGAUGAUGAUGAUGAGGAGGAGGACGGUGGCGAGAUUGGAUAUACCAUCGAGCGGGUGUGGGGAGUCAUCUUCGGAUGUCCUCGAGUCUCGUCGAGCUGUCCGAGCCUUUCUAGUGGAUUGCUGGGGAAUCGAGGUGCUGUGGAGGAUUGUCAGUGCUUGGAUGGAGAUGGGACGUAG